AUGUGUAAAUUUACUGAUCAUAUUGAUAUUGUGUCCCCCAUUUUCGAAGAUGAUGACUCCGAGGAGGAGGAGGAGGAGACUCUGGAGUUAAAUAGAAAGAAUGCUUUGCAUUACUGGUUUUGGAAAUUAUUCCAGCGAUUUAUUAAAGUUAUAUAUGAUGAGGAUAAGGAUGAAACUCCAUAUGAUCAAGAAGGAAGCUACGAUGUCGUCAUUGAUGAAGAAGCCGAUCAAAUUUAUCAUGUUUCUCUCUCUCCUGAGGACAGCCAAUACGAGGAUCGAUUAAUUGAAGGCACAUAUGAAGAGGAUGAUGAAGAGGACUAUGAUGAGAGUGAUGAAGAGGACUAUGAUGAGAGUGAUGAAGAGGACUAUGAUGAGAGUGAUGAAGAGUAUAAUGAAGAAGACUAUGAUGAGAAUGAGACAGAGGAUGACGAAAAGGAUAAUGAAUACCUUAAUACUCCUUGUGAACAAGAAGGUGGCAACCAAGGAGAUGGCUACAAUGUCGCCAUUGGUGGUGAAACUGAUCGAAUUUAUAAUUUUGCCCUCUCUGCCGAUGACUGCCAAGACGAAGAGUUAAACAAAAAGAUUAUUAUUUGGUUUGAGAUAUUAUUCCGUCGAGAUAUUGAAGAGAUGAUUAAUUCAUGUUUAGGUGUAAAUUACGAUAUUUCCAUGUUUGUUCCCUAUGAACAAGGAGAUGACCAUGAUGAGCUAAUGAACAGCUUGAAUCUCGUCAUUGAUGAAAUACUCUACACUAAUAAUCAACUUAGUAAUAUCUACCUCAGUUCUGAUGACACUGAAAACGAGGACUUCUCCAAAAAGGUUGCUAUUUGGUUAUGGCAUUUAUUCCGUCGUGAUAUUGAACAAUAUGUUAGAGAAAAUGGCUACCAUCACGCUACUCAAUAA